UAAAAUUUACUUUGCAUGGAUAGAUUUAACUAACCGGGUUGUAAUUUCCAAAUAAUAAACAGAAUUCUUUCGUUUUUUUAUAUUUAGAAUACAAAUGAAUCCGUCUUUGACAUCAUGUGCACUCUUAAUUGGUUUGACCAGUCUAUUAACUUGCCUACCAGAAAGCUUGUCUACGACUACAACACCUGAAAAAAACGUUCAUGAAACUUGUAAUAUGUGCUGCCACGGGCCGCCUGGGCAACCUGGGAUUCCUGGGGUUCCAGGAACAUCUGGAGGGUUGGGUCCAGCUGGACCAUCUGGUAGUAAGGGUGACAGAGGUGAGUUUGUCCGAGGUGAAAAAGGAGAUAGAGGCGAAAAAGGAGAACCGGGAAAUGAAGGUUCAAAAGGUAAUAAAGGAAGCGAAGGAUCUCCAGGUAAACAAGGACCGCUUGGACAAAUAGGACCACAAGGACCACAAGGGAACAAUGGAUCAAAAGGAGAAAAGGGCGAAUCACCGGAAGUCCGUAAAUCUGCGUUUACUGCAGUACGCACCACUCACGUACCCACUUCAGAAUCGAUCAUUCUAUUCACGUCAAUGGAGAUUAAUGUCGGAGAAGACUUCGAUAAGAAUACCGGAAAGUUUACAUGUAGAAUUUCAGGUUUCUAUUAUUUCAUGUUUAGUUUUUUGUCGCAAAGUGGUUAUGAUCUGUAUGUUAAAAUGAAGUUAAAUGGGCGAGUUAUCACAACCGUACGUCGUAGUACCACUAGUGGUUAUGAUCAGUUAAGUUCUGGAGCAACAGUUCAACUGAAUGUCAGCGAUGAAGUCUGGCUGACGAACGAAGGUAGACACGUCUAUGGUAGUUCCGCUCACCCUCUUACCUUUACUGGGUUUAUGGUAUACGAUAUGAACUAACAAAGGAUGUACUUUGCAUUUUUGAUGAUUGUAGAUGUGCAAGUAUUUCUGUAGAUAUUUUCGGAGAAAGUCUUGAUUGAUUACAAAUAAUAAUAAUAAUAAUAAUAAUAAUAAUAAUAAUAAUAAUAAUAAUAAUAAUAAAUAAUAAUAAUAAUAAUAAUAAUAAUAUUGAUAGGCCUAAUUAUAAUAAUAACAAUAAUAAUUAUAAUAACAAUAACAACAAUAAUAACAAUAACAAUAACAAUAAAAAUAUGUGACACUUAUCAUAAAGUGUUCUAUGCCGGCAAGCCGACUCAAGAGUGCUUACAGUCAAUCAUAUUAAACAAUACCAUACAGCCAAAAAAAUCCAUUUUAUGCAGCCACAUCCCUUAAAAAAUGUCUGCUAUUA